AUGGCCGCCACCAACGUCGGCCCCACCGGCGGCUUCUCCUACGCCCAGGCCGCCAAAGGUCGGACCGCUGCCGCCGCAUCGCAGCCGGUGUCGAGCAAGCUCGCAUCCGAACCCGCAGGCAAUGCUCUCCCUGACCUCAGUGCAAAGAGCGAUUGGGCGGAGGAGGUAGAAGGCAGCACGACCGUCAAGCCCGUUGAGGAGCAAAAGCACACACAAGCAAAAGAAGGUCCCGUGGACCGCACCAGGGCGGAAGACAAGGCGUCCAACGGCGCGUCUGGUAUCUCCUCGCCAGACCUCACCGCAUCAUCAAGCACUACCACAAAGGAAGAGGAGGUAAUGUCCCCGCCCAACGGAGCAUCCUCAGAGAGCACAUGGGAGAACAGAUCGCAGGUUUCGGAUCCUUCAUGGAUUGCAGAACGUAAGGAGCGUCAAAAUGGCUCGGGAACACGAGAGAGAUCCGUCAAAGGUGACACGGGCGAGAAAGCUGAGAAGGGAGAGAGGAAAGGGGAGGGCACACCUGCUCCACAGCCACCGAAGCCGGUCGCGUUGCACGAGGCACUCCCGCCAACAGUCAACCCCUGGCUAAAGCGAGCCGAGGAUGCAAAAGCGAAAGUUCCCUCCAUCCCCAAAGCAACGACCGCUGCAGUCACCGUUCCCACUCCAGCCCCAGCGCCCACCCCAGCGCCAGCGGCUAUGUCGACCGCUGCACCUCUCAGCAAAAAGGACACUGCGCACUCCCAAGCAGAUGUACCGCGUCAGACAAACUCUGUCGCCCAUGCUUCGUCACCACCAGCUGAAAGCACCAGCAUGCCAAGUGCUGCGAGCGUGCCCAAAGCUCUGCGAUCUAACCCUCCGGCGGGCAGCAAUCGAUGGGUAACUUCAAGCCCAGCAGCAGAUGGCGGCGCUUCAGAUGGCUCAGCGCCAUCUGGAGGUCGAGUUUCACGCCCUGAACGGAAAGCACCCUCAAACCUUACAGAUGCCCCGGCUCUUGUAACGGACGGCACAUCUUGGCCGACGCCCGAUAGUGUUGGCGACAAGGAGCGCAAGGAGGGCCAGAAGAAGGAUGCCGAGGAGAAGAUUGACGAUGCCACUCCUCUCAGCAAGACCAAGGCGAAGAAGCCGGAGUGGCAGCCUCUUCCUGUUACUCCCAACUUCAUCUACGACACCUGGAAGGAUGAGCCGAAGGGCAAGACUCGAGGAACGGCCAAUGGCGAGCGUGGCGGAAAGAGCAGCUCGGGAGGCAGAGCGAGAGGUGGCCAUCGAGGAGCAUCACACCACAGUGGUGGCGACCGAUCAGCUCCAGGAACGGAACCCUCUUCUGAAAAACAUGCCUCCGACCCCUCUGUUAAUCCUCGGGCGAAGCCCGACGUUGCUGGCCCGGCCCCGCCUAGACGACCUCGUGCGUCUAGCGCAAGCUCGUUCAAAGAACGCAAAUCCGACUUCCCGGCGAGUCGCAAUGCCAACGGUGAAGCGAAAGAGAGGACUCAUGCCACCGAUAAGAGGCCAUCAGACGGCGCCAAGGUCGGCACAAGUCCCGCAGAUGGCUUAUCUCGGAAUGUAAACGAGACUCAUGCUUCCAAUGAUACUCUGACCCCGCCAGACGGCCCUCGGACGGAUGCUCCAGACAGCGACGCAGUGCCUGCCCCGAUCCCGAGGCGCAACUCGUCAGAGAUACAACCGCAGCGAGCGGACGAUGCGAGUGCACGCCAAAUGGCAAUGCCUCCUCGCGCUCUUUCAGGGAGAGACGCCAAAGAUGCGCGUCCUUUGGAGUCUCCUCGCGACCCAGCAUGGGCCCCACCACGACCCAGUAAGCGCGGCGGCAGAGGCCGCGGAGGUGGUACUCUUCGCGAAAACGCCAAUGGACACACUGUGCACAAUGGAUAUCAGAGUGGCUACCCACCAGAGUUCGUGCCUCCGUUUGGUGUGCCAGCAUCGCCCUACCAGCUGUCGAGAGGGCAGCAAUUUGGCUAUCCUAUGGGACCAGGCCGAGGGGGCUGGAACCCUCGUGCGCACCCACGGUCGCAAUCGAUCCCAAUCGACGGCAAUUACUUCCAGCGACUUGGCUACCCGGCUCCCACCAUGCCACCACAUCUACAGCCUCUCAAUACUUACGUCCCUGGCAUGUACGAUCCAGGCCAGAUGCCUCUGACUGCAGUGCCCAUUGGUAACCAGAUGGAGAUUCAGUAUUUGGUUGAGAUGGUCACCACUCAGCUCGAAUACUACUUCUCCGUCGACAACUUGCUCAAAGACAUGUUCCUUCGCAAGCACAUGGACUCGAAGGGCUUUGUCCUCCUUGCCGUCAUCGCCAACUUCAAUCGCGUGAAGCAGCUCACGCCGGAUAGGGACAUCCUCAAGGUUGCCUGCAUGAAUUCCGAGAUCAUCGAGAUUGGUGUAGGCGAGGAUGGCAAAGAACGACUGCGGAGGGCCGAUGGCUGGCAACAGUUUCUACUGCCGCUGGAUCAGCGCGAAGAGGCUGCGCAGAACGAUGGGCCUGAGCAGUUGCGUUAUCUGGAUCGCCCGCAGUUGCAGAGUGGUAACACCACCGCGCAAUUUCGUGGGCCAGCUUCAGCAGGGGCGACUUCGCCUCAGCAGCAACGCGUCGACCGCAGAUCCUACGAUGCCGUCUACCCGAUGAUGAAUGGCUUUCAGCCGCAGUACGGGACGUAUGGCGGAAUCCCGGAAGUUGUAUACGCAGAUGUCAUGAACGGCGAGGAGGCGAGAGGCCGAGCAGCACGCUCACCAACGCGCGAGACCCCCGCUUCACCCGACCGACCGCCGAUCGAUGCGGUCGUGGACGACGUCAACAAUGAGCCCGACGCGUUCCCAAAUGAGCAGGUCGACAUUUUGACGGUUGUCGUGAAAGCCAGCCAGCAGCAAAAUCAGCAGAGCAACCAGCCACCCCGCCACCCUUAUCACAGUCUCUCAUCGAGAACGUUCUCCAACGGGUCGAUCGACUCGCGCAGUAUCCUCAGUGAGAUGGAGCAGCCCAACGAGGACUCCACUCUGGUGAACGGGAGUGGGAGUGAGAUGCACCUGCCUCCAGUCCCUCGCCGUUCGAGCCCGAACAAGUCUUCAUCCAAUGACCGUGCCCCGAGCGAGUCGAACUUCGACGUGUUCUGGGUCAAAGACUCCGACGUUCCCGUUGCCAAUCUUCCUUCCGACCUUAUAUCAGAGCCGUACAACCAGCUACGUCGCAAAGCCCUGGAUCAACGGGAUCACGCUGCCACCGGAGCCUGUCCGUACGAUAUGGACGUCCUCUACCAAUUCUGGUGCCACUUCCUCAUCCGCAACUUCAACAGCCGCAUGUACACCGAAUUCCGAACCUACGCGAAGGAGGACGUAUCGCGCUACUCGUACGCCGGCCAUCAGAACCUGGUCAAGUUCUACGCGCAGUCACUGUCGAGCCACAACCCGAUCCGUGAUCGCGUGAUCAAGGACUAUGUAGAACUGGUGCAGAACGAGCCACUUUCGGUGCAGAGCAUGGGGUUCAAGCAACUCCGCUCCGCGUGGCGUAACGGCGCGCUGAACCUGAAGAACCGGAAGAAAUUGGCGGACAUUGUGGAUGACAAGUUGAAAGAGCAACUCGACAAGCUUGACGCGUAA